AUGUCGACGACUCUGGAUCAUGGGUUUCUCUCGGCGACCUAUCGCCAAUACAAGAAGGAUACAGGCAAAGAUAGGAAGAAGGCCAAAGAGGCUGCCAAAAAGCAGCCCUCUGAAUAUCACAUCAGGACCGUCGACUUCGUACCUAUCGCCGAGGCUAUCGCAAAACAAGUCAAGAAAGUCAAAGUACCAUCUCCACUGCUGACAGUGUUUGGUAGAGCUAUCAAAGCUAGAAAAGAGGCACAAGCUUAUUACGGAUCAAAUCAACUUGCAGAUGAAGGACAUCAUCACUUCAUCAACAUACUGUCACGAGUUCAGGAAAUCUUGCGCCCUUUAGCUCCUGUCACCAAAGUCACCAAGCCAGAGAAGAGCGAUGGUGUCCAUAAUCGAUUUACGAAGCUGCCGGUCGAAGAAGCUGCCGACACCUUGUCAACAGAGGAUGUGAAACCAGAACCCAAGUUACCGCCGGUUGUCGCAGCGGAGAUCGAGCAGAGUGACGAAGACGCCGAAGAGGAGUUCUUUUUCGCAAUACAUCUGUUUCUCAAAGGGGUCCAUGAAAUUCAAGAGGUGGUACAAGAUUCCUGGUUCAAAUCAACGGACUUUACUCGGGACUACAUUUUGUCGAGUCUCCUCAGCAAUACCGCGAUAGAUCUUGUCAGACGGGCUGAGGGCGAACUGGACCUUCUUCUUAAGCGUCCCUCGAAAUACCCAGCAUCAAAGUUCCCUGUGUGGUGCCUCCCUGCGCUCCUAUAUCACCAUUACCGACCGUUGCCAGAUGGUGUCAGUAUUCAGAACUUAGUGGUCCCCUCGGAUGUUACCGUCAAGGCAAACAAGGACGACUACGAUAAACUUCACGCUAACUGGUGUUUCUGGCCCGUCUACACAGGUCUGCGAUUCUGUGUGAACCGUGUCAAGAAAUUCCCGUAUCUUGACGCUAACGAAGAGGAGCUUCAAGCAAUUGGUGCGGAUUCGGUCACGGACAUCAUGCGGACGUUCAAACUUGCCAAAGAGUUCCGAGUAUACACCUCAAACCAGAAUCGGUUCUGGGCACAAGAUGAAGUCACUCGCGGUAUGAAAUUGAUGUUCACAGAUAAAGUCAUCCCUAUCUGGGUGACGUUUGGCAUCCAUACCCUUCUCGACAUCCAGGACAUCAUGGACUUUCGAAUGGGCGAGGGCGAGGGCAACAAUGUCCCGUUCAAUAACAUUCGAGUGUGUCAUCGUGAUGAGAUGGAAUUAUGGUGGAAGUUCUAUGAUUGGGAGGCCCCAUUCAAGACGUUUUAUGGACCCGGUACUCCAUGUGGGCUUCAACGCGAGGUGUGUAAUGAUACCCUGCAAGUGUAUCACCAGCUUGUGGAGCACGCCGACAUUCCUGCCGUCAAGUACAAUCCCAUACGUUGCGGUUUGAUCAAGUACGAUUUCUACCUCCAACUACAUGAUUGCGGGUUCUACACCGAGAAGCUCAGUGGCUUUGUGUGCGUCCUGGGUCAUAUAUACACUGCGGGAAAACUGCUUUAUCCGGACGAUCCUGCUUGGCCUGACAUGGAAUACGUCCUCUACUCCCAAGAUCCAAAUCACGUCUUCUACGGCGGGAAACCCAAGUCCCUUGACGAGGCAUAUCGCAAACUCAACCUUGCUUAUGGCAACAAACUGCCGCGCGCGAACGGCCGUGGAAAAUCCGAGGCGAAAAACACAAACCGUAUGUUCCAGAAGACGAGCAUAUUAAGUCCGGUUCUGGAGGAUCGGAUGACCGGAUGGAGCGACCACACCAACGAGUCUGUGGACGAGCUUGCCGGUAACCUCAAUGCCUUGCUGUGCGACAAAGCCAAACAAGGGAAACUAGCACGCCAGUUGGGCGCAUCACCGGAUUGGGUUGAAAGUGAGAUUGACACUCGCCGAAUCGUUCGACUGUUCGAGGACGUUCCGGCAGAGGGCUCUCCUGUGCUGCUUCGCGAUUUGUCUCUCUUCAUAGAAGGCGAGAUGCAGAAUGUGUACUUCGACUGGAUCUCGAUGUACAUGAUCUGCGGAAAUAUCUGGAAAGACAUUCUAUUGGAACUGGCCGGAGACCCUAUCCUUGAGCCGCUCAUGUACGACCCGCAUCCAGGCAUAAGCUUGCAUGUCCUCAAGCUGGCCGCGGAAUACGAAGACAGGCGUGGCAAAAUUGAUUUAGAUGACCUAGAGUUCGCACCACAGCUUCGAAAAGUAUGGACCUGCAUCCAGGAAGCCAUUCGCAAACCUUCGAACCACGAAUACAACGAGCCGCACAAAGGCCGCAAGGUCUGGGUCGGCGACGAGUGUCUGGCACAGCAAUUUUCUCGCAAUCACUUGACGGUAGCUUGGCAGCUAAUCGCUAGCAACACUUGUCAGCUGUUUGGCUUUUACGAGAAUUGGGAAUCUGAAGAUAUGCAUAAAAGUGCCGUGCUGUCGAAAAUUCAUCAUCACCAUUCCUUGAACGACGUAUAUCGCGACCGCGAAAUGGACCUACUGUUGGUAGGCCUCCGCGCGGAGUGCCUAAAAGAGAAAACUCACAUCGAAAAACGCUGUGGGCGCUGUCGCCGACGGAACUUCUUCCUUGAGCAUUAUGGCUCAGUCUCCUCGCUCAGAGGCACGGAAAUAGUCGACAAACACUUGGGACAGAAGUACCACGGGAAAGACGCCAAGAAGGUAGAAGAGGAUGCGCCGCUCAAGGCCCUGGCCAGAAGCAUGUUUGGGAGCAGUGACAUUCCAUUUGUCGACGGCGACGAUGAGGCGGGGUCUGAUUCUGACUCUGACUUUGACAAGGGUGAGGUCAUAGCUGAGGAGGGUUACGCAAAGAUCAGAAGUACAGCAGACGGAAAGUACCAGGUCGAGAUGCCGAUCAGGGCGAUGUUUUCUAAACCCGGUAUUUGGGAGUGUCUGGCUACCUACUAG